GGAGCCGGCCGCGCUGUCCCGCUCGCCCCGCAUCGCCCCGCCGGCGGCCCCCCGCGCCCCGCCACCCCCCGGCCCCGUGCAGCCAUGGCCAGCGGGGGCCUGCAGCUCCUGGGCUUCGUGCUGGCCUUCCUGGGCUGGAUCGGCAUCAUCAUCAGCACGGCCAUGCCCCAGUGGAAGAUGGCAUCCUACGCGGGGGACAACAUCGUCACGGCCCAGGCGCUCUACGAGGGGCUCUGGAUGUCGUGCGCCAUGCAGAGCACGGGGCAGAUCCAGUGCAAGGUGUACGACUCGCUGCUCAAGCUGGAGAGCAGUCUGCAGGCCACUCGGGCAUUGAUGGUGGCUGCAAUUCUCCUGGGCCUUGUUGCCAUAUUUGUUGCUGUGACUGGCAUGAAAUGCAUGAAGUGCAUGGAAGAAGACCAGGUGAAAAAGAUGCGAAUGGCUGUUUUUGGCGGAGUGAUUUUCAUCAUUGCAGGAAUGGCAGCGCUGGUGGCCACAUCGUGGUAUGGCAACAGAGUGGCUCGGGCCUUCUAUGACCCUUUCACCCCUGUCAACACCAGAUUUGAAUUUGGAUCAGCCCUCUUCAUUGGCUGGGCAGCUGCUUCUCUGGCCUUGCUGGGAGGAGCCUUCCUCUGCUGCUCCUGCCCCCGGCGAGAAACCUCCUAUCCACCCACCCGAGGCUAUCCGAAAAAUGCCCCCUCCACAGGGAAGGAUUAUGUAUAAUGAAAAGAAGAGGAGCCACCAGCACUGGUAGUGAAGAAUCCUCUGGAGAGGACACUACAAUGCCACUGUCCUGAACAGAGCUCAGACUUUCUAAGUUCUGCCUUCCUCUUUUGUUCCCAAAAUGUGUAUAUUUUUGUAUCCUCUUUGCUACUGGAUAUAACUUCUCCUUUCUCUCCCAGCCCAUGGAGGAAGGCUAGCCUAGGUUCAUGAGUAUUAUCACUGGAAAGAUGAAGCCUCUGAGCUUGGGUUAACUUCAGUAUUUGGGAGUAAAAGGGAAAAUGAUACUGUUUUUAGAUGGAUGUUGGUGCUUUUUUAGUUUUUUUUAAAUUAGAUGGUAACAAUUCAGUCCCAAUACCCACUAAGUUAGAGCCCAUUGUGGGGUGUGUGUAUAGGAAUUUAAAGAACAUAUGUAUGCAAAGUGAUAAAGCCAGUGCUAAGGGGAAACAUAAUUUUAGGGUAAAACUUUGUGUAGGAGUGCUUGAAGACAUUCUCCAAUGCUCUUGUACUCUCAUUGGCACCCUCUUCAGCACCUUCCUCUCUGUACUGAUUGGCAAGAUGACGGGUCAGACAAAGUGUGCAACUUUGUAUGUAUGUGCUGCUGACCAACAGAAGAUGCAGUGUGAUGUGACUUGGCUUAACUCCAUGUCACUCUUGCUGAGAUCUGGUAAAUAGAUCAUGUCUGCCAGAGGCUGCAAGAUUGUGAACUCCUAAAACAACUGCAGGUUUCCCUGGUGUCAGGGAAGAGUUAUUGAAAAAUGACUCCUUUCUACUUUCACUGCGUGGCUCUUGGUGGGGCUGUCCCUGCCAUCCCUUCAAGAUGCUGAGUGCUGCCAGUGGUUGUUUCUGAUAUUCUAACCCUAAACUCUUACCUUUGAGCUUGAACUUUUACUCCCUUGUGUUACAAGGUACUUCUAACAAACUCUCCUCUCCUUUCUUGAAUUCACUUCACUAAAAUGUCAGCUCAUACUUUUUCUACCUCUGCUUUUGGCCAUUAUUUCACAUUUGUGAUGUUCUCCUUUGAAGCCCUCCCUUCAGCUCCUUCUCCAUGUCUGUCCUGGUGCUCCUCCACCCUAUUCACAUGUUGCAGAGAUGGCCAGGACUUCCCCAUCUGUUCAGUCCCAGGCCAGUGUGCCUGCUGUGACCUAGAGGGAUUAAGAAAUACCUCAUCACAUGAACAAUUUCCACAUGGAGCACAGUCACAUGGAUGUGUUUUACUGCUACAUACAGUUCCCUGUUCAAACUGCUGUUGUUCUAUCCCAGACUUUCCUUAUAACCACUUAACCUCUGCCUUUUCCCUCCCUCACACAUACCAGCUCUAUUAACUUAGUUUCUCUUGGUUGUUCAUGCAUUUAAAUCUAGUCUAGUUUCUGGACUGACUUUCAUGUUUCUGUCCUCUCAAGUCUGCAGUUAUUUCUAAUUUGGAAUGUUAUGAAUUACUGAUCUCAGUUUGCUUUACGCAGCUAACUGUUAAACCAAACAAUGCACUGCCAACCCUUGAUGUUUCCUCAAGGAUACCUCACAUAGUGCCAUUUGAUUCUGUCUUUUCUCUUCUAAGCAUUUUCAGUGAUGAGAUAUGAAGGCAUAUUCCAGAAAACUGACUCAAAGGUUAUAGCAGUUCCUUUUAAUCCAAGCUCAAAGAGGAAGCAACCCAGCAUUUUAAAGAUAAAGCCAUCAUUGCAUAUAAAGUCAUAUCUGAAAAAUGCAGUUAAUAAAAGAUUCCCACCCCUUCCUCUGAAACACCCCAUUUUCAGUGUUGUAACAAGCUGAAUGAGGUUGGCUGGAGUUUAAAUCUCGGUUCAUAGAAGGAUGGUGUCACUCUCCAAAGCUCAAACUUGCUGUUCCUAAGGAAGGAAGCUGGUUGUUUCUGACCAGGCUUAUAAUUGUGUAAUGCUGUAUUAUAUAAUUGUGUAUGUUCAGAGGCAUCAGACUUCUUGAUUUCCUUCUGUAGAUAGGGAGAGCCUCGGGCUGAGCUACGUACAGCCAUGGUGUUAGUGGUUUGUAAAAGCUUUGUACCUCUGUUUGACCUCACUCUCUGCAACAUGAAUCAAAGUUACUAAAAGAAACCAACCAAAGCAUUGAGUUGAUGUUGGUCUGUACUUGGAGAUGGCUUAUGCAGCUUCCAUCUCUCCAUGGGGAGUUGCCUGUGCACAGUGGCUGCCUCGUGUGACCUCUCAUCUUGAAGUGGCAGCUCAGGUCAUCUCACAUAGCUGCUGAGGUCUGUGCUUUUGUAUUUGCAUUAACCCUGAGCCAGGGAGCAGACACUUGUAUUGGGAACUUGUAUAAAGUGUUUAAACAAUUUCAAUAAAUUGACUUUUUUAAAGAAAAA